AUAUUUUUUUACACGUAAGACCCAAACGGGGAUCCAUAGCAUUGAAACGUUGUGAACUUAUACUGAACCGCAGGAGGGCGCUGUUCUACCACUACACAUCUAGUUUCUGUCUCCCCUAUUGGCUCCUGUUCGUGUGUUGCUAUGGUAACGGUCAAUAGUAGUUUGUCAGGCGAGCUGGAAAGAUGGUAGUUAGCUUGCUAACGGAGACGAACUAUAAUGGCAAGGCUGUGUAGCCUGUUAGUAGGCUAGUUUACCAGUGUCAUAAACGGUAGCUAGCUAGGUAUUUUAAGUUCAAAGAUGUGUCCAACUCCGUUUGGCUGAUAGCUAACGUUAGCUGCCACUGUUGGCAGUGAAGUAGCUCAACGAACAGUAUAACGUUAUAUAGCUAUGUUGCUAAUGUAUUUCUGAUGUAAUUUCAGUGUCUAAAGAUGACAACCAGACUUCUUGCCUCAUUUAAUGUCUUGGACAAUCACUCCAAGAAAGUCCUGGAUGGGCAUGCAAGGGCAAGUAGUUGACUAGCUUAGCCCAAACCUUUAUUUAGUCAGCUAUCAAGCUAACGUUCUUGUUACUAUUUACUUAUUAUGUUGGAUGUAUUCACUGGCAUUACAGGAGAAGAGUCGUCUGCUGAGCCAUGCCCCCCGAUGCUGCUGUGCCUCCUGCAGGAAGCCAGACCUGGUCCUGCCUCUGACUGUCAACUGUGACUGGACCUUUGAGUUCCCCAAUGCUCGCAGGACCCCCAUCUCCAAACACAAGACCACCACUGACAUCAACGUGGAGCAAGAGUUUCUGCACAACAAAUUACGGGUAUCAAAGCCAGCAACAGCAGCCUCGUCCACCACAGAAGACUUAAGCUGCAAACUGAAGGAGGCCGUCGGCAGAAGAGUGAGCGUCUGCACCUUCUCCAGCCCUGAAUACCUUCCCUGGAGGAUUGGACACAGGACAGGAGAAAGCAGAGGAGGAGGAAGGUUGAAAAGGAAGAGUGUGAGGGACGGGCAGCGGCAUACUCCAGUGACUGACAGCCAGAGAGAGGAAGUGUCUCCUGUAAGUGAUGAUGUCACAGCAGACUGUGUUUCUCUCAGCCUAUCAGAGGAGCUGAAGAGAAAGAAUGUGAGAGUCCUAAUCCCUCGACCCCCUUCAGUUUACCUCCCUCUGCCGAUAGUCAGUGAAACAUACCCUGUGGUGUGCAACAGUGAUCCGUACCAACACAAGCCCUUCACCUCCUCUGGACACCACUUCCUAGAAGACCCUAAUCCCAACCUUAACCCUAGCCGCAACCUCAGCAGGACCACUCUCCACUCUGCUAUCGUCCGCAUCACUGACUCCCUGCAGGCAGACAUAAUGGUGAGGGAGAGGAGAGAGAAAGAAGGGGCGAGAUGGGAGAAGGGUGAGGUGAAAGGGGAGAGGGAGAGAGAGAGGGAGGAGAAACAGGGUGUGGCAGGGCCCCACAGUGUGAGCCUCUGGGUUCUGUCUGCUGAUGGGAGGGUUGGUAAGGCCUCAGAACUGGGACAACUCCCGCUGCAUAGCAACCAGCUGUCCCCCCCUCCCUCAAGCAGGGCCCAUCUCCUCCCCUCUCCUCCCCCCAGGCAGAAGCGAGGCAGCUCCACUGCUGUGGGUCCUGUGCUCAAUGGGAUGAACCCUAAAAUGUCAGAGCCUCUGAUUGGCCCUCCAAACUACUUCAGACCACUCCCCUCUGGAACCAGCAAGCGGCUUCAGACAAGCUCUCUCGUGGAGCCAAUCACAGGUCAGAUGGACUUCCUGUUCAUCUCCAAGCCGCUGAAGCAUCAUCAUGAAGAGAGCAUGAGUCCGCUGGUUGCCAAUCAACGGGCCAGUAGGGAGGAUUGGCGGUUGGGCCAGAGGCACUUGGUGAUGCUGUCAGAGGAAAUAGAUGUAGAGAACAUCAGAGUUUACGGAGUCCGCUUCUUCCUGUCCCAACUCGGGAACAAGACCCCACGGCAUUCCACCUCCCUCUAUCUCUCAGAACAUCACUCACACACACAUGUCAAAACCAAUUCCCUUUACGACUCAGGCAUGGAACACACACUGAAAACCUGCUCCUCUUAUGAGUCUGGCUCAGAACACACACUGAAACCCAACUUCCCCUUCGACCCUCAGCAGGCUAUCAGCAUCCCUACAGCAGAGAAUGUUCUCUUACCAUGAACGGAGAGUAGGAUACUCAUAUUAUAUAUUAUGUUCAUAUUAUCUAGCUAGCUAUAUAUUCUAUAACAUAGAAAUAACAUUUGAUUUUUUAUUUACAAUAAAUUUGGACUGCAAACUU